GAGUAUUAAAAGAAUAUUGUCUCAGGCCCCCUCCCCCAUCUGCAGCAUUAAGAGUGACUCGAGGGGAAAAAGAAUGAGCUGAUUUUAAGAGCUCUGAUAAUGAUGCCCAGAAUAAGUGCGGCCUGGUCAAACAGCAAAGUGGGAAACGUACACGCUUGAGCAUUAGAAAGCCAUGAUGCAAUGAGAUAAACACUGGAUGACUGGAGGUCCCCUGCUUAACAGUCUCUAAGCAUGGCUGGCCUACAGCUGGUGACCCCUGCCUCCUCACCCAUGGGGCCCUUCUUCGGUCUCCCGUGGCAACAGGAAGCUAUCCAUGACAACAUAUACACACCAAGGAAAUAUCAGGUUGAACUUCUUGAAGCAGCUCUUGAACACAAUACUAUAGUCUGCUUAAAUACUGGCUCAGGGAAGACCUUUAUCGCAGUACUCCUAAUCAAAGAACUCUCCCACCAAAUCCGUGGAGAGUAUGGGAAGAGAACAGUUUUCCUGGUGAAUGCAGCAUCAUCUGUGGUUCAGCAAGCAUCUACUGUAAGAACCCACUCGGAUCUCCAGGUAGGCGAUUACAUGUCAGAAGACAUGACAUCCUGGCCCGAGGAGAUGUGGAACAGAGAGAUGAUAGAGAAUCAGGUGCUGGUCAUGACGUGCCACAUCUUCCUGCAUGUGUUAAAAAAUGGAGUCUUGCCACUAUCAAAAAUCAACCUGCUGAUUUUUGAUGAAUGCCACCUUGCAAUCACAGACCAUCCUUAUGGGGAAAUAAUGAAGAUUUGUGAGGGUUGCCCAGGUUGUCCUCGCAUUUUGGGUCUGACUGCUUCCAUUUUAAAUGGCAAAUGUGACCCUUGUGAUCUGGAGGAGAAGAUUCAGAACCUGGAGAAGAUUCUGCAGAGCAAUGCAGAAACUGCCACUGAUCUUGUGGUGCUUGAUAGGUAUGCGUCCCAGCCUCGUGAGGUUGUGCUGGACUGUGGGCUAUAUCAGGAUCAGAGUGGGCUCUCUGAGAGGCUUUUGAGUGAGCUGGAUGAAGCCCUUCAUUUUCUUAAUGACUGCAACUUAUCUGCUCAUCGAGAAGAUAGAGAUCCCACAUUCAUCUCCAAACAGGUGCUGAAUGACUGUCGUGCCGUGUUAACUGUGCUGGGCCCUUGGUGUGCCGAUAAAGCUGCUGGAAUCAUGGUCCGGGAGCUGCAGAAAUAUAUCAAACAUGAACAGGAAGAGCUGAACCGCAAGUUCCUGUUGUUCACAGACACCAUUCUGAGAAAAAUCCACGCUUUAUGUGAGGAGCAUUUCUCUCCAGCUUCCCUAGACCUGAAGUUUGUCACUCCCAAGGUCAUUAAACUUCUGGAGAUUCUCCACGAGUACAAGCCUUUCGAACGGCAGCAGUUUGAGAGUGUGGAGUGGUACAAUAAUCGCAAUCAGGACAAUUAUGUUUCUUGGAGUGAUUCUGAGGACGAAGAUGAGGAUGAAGAGGCGGAGGCAAAGGAGAAGCCCGAAGCUAAUUUUCCGUCGCCUUUCACCAACAUCCUCUGUGGAAUCAUCUUUGUGGAAAGGCGGUAUACAGCGGUUGUUUUAAACAGGCUUAUCAAGGAGGCAGGGAAGCAGGACCCAGAGCUGGCCUACAUCAGUAGCAACUUCAUCACAGGUCACAGCAUCGGCAAGAACCAGCCUCGCAACAAACAAAUGGAGGUGGAGUUCAGAAAGCAAGAGGAGGUCCUGAGGAAGUUCAGAGCCCAUGAAACCAACUUGCUCAUUGCAACCAGCAUUGUGGAAGAAGGCGUUGAUAUUCCAAAGUGCAAUUUGGUCGUUCGGUUUGACCUGCCAACAGAGUACCGGUCAUACGUGCAAUCCAAAGGUCGCGCCCGGGCUCCAGUCUCCAAUUACAUCAUGCUAGCUGACAGCGAACGGACAAAAACAUUUGAAGAAGACCUCAAGACCUACAAGGCCAUAGAGAAGAUCCUCCGAAAUAAGUGCUCAAAGUCAGCAGAACGCAGUGAGUUUGAACUGGAGCCGGUGACCGAUGAUGACAACGUUCUACCACCUUACGUCCUGCGCUCAGAGGACGGCGGCCCACGUGUCACGAUUAACACAGCCAUUGGGCACGUCAACAGAUAUUGUGCGCGUUUGCCCAGUGAUCCGUUCACUCAUCUUGCUCCGAAGUGUAAAACUGUGGAGCUGAAGACUGGAGGUUAUCAAUCCACACUCUUCCUACCCAUUAACUCACCACUCAGAGUUCCUGUCACCGGGCCAACAAUGAAUUGUGCAAGACUUGCAGAGAAAGCUGUCGCUCUUCUUUGUUGUGAAAAGCUGCACAAAAAUGGUGAACUGGAUGAUCAUUUGAUGCCAGUGGGAAAGGAAACUGUAAAGUAUGAGGAGGAGUUGGACCUGCACGAUGAAGAGGAGACGAAUGUGCCAGGAAGACCAGGCUCCACCAAACGGAGACAGUGUUACCCAAAAGCCAUACCAGAGUGUCUGCGGGGUUGUUACCCUGUGCCAGAGCAGCCUUGCUACCUUUACGUCAUAGGGAUGGUCCUCACCACCCCUCUUCCUGAUGAGCUCAACUUCCGGCGGAGGAAGCUGUACCCACCGGAGGACACUACUCGAUGUUUUGGCAUUCUGACAGCUAAACCAAUACCUCGGAUCCCUCACUUCCCUGUGUAUACACGUUCUGGCGAGGUGACCAUUUCAAUUGAGCUGCAGAAGUCGGGCUUCACUCUGAGCGCGGAGCAGCUGGAGCUGAUCACACGUCUGCACCAGUACAUCUUCUCCCACAUCCUCCGUCUGGAAAAGCCAGCACUGGAGUUUAAGCCGGUAGAGGCAGAUUCUGCCUACUGCGUUCUACCUCUCAACAUUGUUGAGAAUUCCAAUACGUUGGACCUGGAUUUCAAGUUCAUGGAGGAUAUUGAAAAGUCUGAAGCACGCAUUGGCAUUCCAACUACUCAGUACACCAAGCAAAACCCAUUCAUUUUCAAAUUGGAGGACUACCAGGAUGCUGUCAUCAUUCCAAGGUAUCGUAAUUUUGACCAGCCACAUCGGUUCUACGUGGCUGACGUUUACACAGACCUCACCCCGCUCAGUAAAUUCCCUUCUCCAGAGUACGAGACUUUCGCCGAGUACUACAAAACCAAGUACAACCUGGACCUGUCUAAUGUUAACCAGCCCCUACUGGAUGUGGACCACACAUCUUCAAGAUUGAAUCUUUUAACUCCCCGGCACCUUAAUCAAAAGGGGAAAGCCCUUCCUCUCAGCAGUGCAGAGAAGAGAAAGGCCAAGUGGGAAAGUCUACAAAACAAACAGAUUUUAGUUCCAGAGCUCUGUGCCAUUCACCCCAUCCCAGCCUCUUUGUGGAGGAAAGCCGUCUGCCUUCCCAGCAUUCUCUACAGACUUCACUGCCUUCUGACGGCCGAAGAGCUGCGGUCUCAGACAGCCAUUGACGCUGGUGUAGGGGCUCAGACCCUGCCUCCUGAUUUCAGGUAUCCAAAUUUGGAUUUCGGAUGGAAGAAAUCCAUCGACAGCAAGUCUUUCAUUUCCUGCCCCAGUGCAUGUAUGGAAGACGACGAUCACUGUAAACACAGCACAAGCUCAGAUUCAGACCACACUGCCCUGGAGGGCUGCAGCACGGAGGCCUCCCAGCCUCCAGAGGGCGCUCUCCCCUGUGAGAACUGCAACACACCAGAUGAAAAGCUAGAAACCCACAUGCUCCCUGCGACUGAUCUCCAGACACCGAACAAAGACAAGAGCAACUGCGUUUGUUCCCGAAACCUCCCUAACGGCACUCGGGGUGACAGCGACGACCUUCCACAUAGACAUGACAUUUGCCAAUGCUCUCAGCUGGGCCCUCUGGAGAGUGACCUAUCAACACAAACCACUACCUCAGUUCCUGUGCGGCCCUCCCCAGCCGGCGAGCCACAGCCCCAGCCCAGCGAUGAAUGUAUCCCAGGCAGGAACUCAGAUAUCUGUGACGGACAUGUGAAAAAACCUACCUCAAACUGUUGCCCCAAACCAGAGCCGGCAACCAGCACCACAGCACCUUCAGAAAUGUCAUCAGAGGUCUCUGACGUGACAUCUACAUCAGCCUGCACAGGUCCAGCCUGGGAUUCUCCCAAAACCUUAGGCCCCAACCCCGGCCUCAUCUUGCAGGCCCUGACCCUCUCCAAUGCCAGUGACGGCUUCAAUCUGGAGAGGUUGGAGAUGUUGGGCGACUCUUUCCUGAAACACGCCAUCACCACCUACCUGUUCUGCACUUACCCUGACGCCCACGAGGGCAGGCUGUCAUACAUGAGAAGCAAGAAGGACAUGUGCAGAGAACCAAGUAAGAAAAAUGGAAAGAACUCUGCUUCUGGUUUCUACCAGCCCUCUCCAUGGUUUCGACAGAGACUGGCUAAUAAAGAUUUGGCCAACGGAAAAGCCAGUGAUGAUGAGGAUGAAGAGGCAGAGGCAGAGGAUGUGGAGGUCAAGGCAUCUAAAGAAGAGGUCAGUGUGGAAGAUGAGCUGGAUUACUUCUAUGAGCACAUCAGAUUCAUCGAUAACAUGCUGAUUGGCUCCGGCGCCUUCGGGAAGAAGAUCUCCCUCCAGCCGGCCGAGCCCGGCUACGAGUGGAAAGCUCCCAAAAAAGCCCACAACUCCCACUUUUCCCCAGACGGCGGCGCUGACGAGUUCGAUUACAGUUCCUGGGACGCCAUGUGCUACCUGGACCCCAGCAAAGCUGGCGAGGAGGAUGACUUCGUGGUGGGCUUCUGGAACCCCUCCGAGGAAAACUGUGGCACGGAUAUUGGGAAGCAGUCCAUCUCCUACGACCUCCACACCGAGCAGUGCAUCGCCGAUAAGAGCAUAGCCGACUGUGUGGAGGCCCUGCUGGGGUGCUACCUCACCAGCUGUGGGGAGAGGGCGGCCCAGCUGUUCCUGUGCUCCCUCGGCCUGAAGGUGCUCCCGGUGAUGAAGCAGAGUUCAGGGGGGUCGGCCGAGCUGCAGUACGGCUGGCUGAAGAUCCCUCCGCGCUGCAUGUUUGAUCACCCGGAUGCCGAGUGGACGCUCAACCACCUCAUCUCUGGCUUCGAGAACUUUGAGAAGAAGAUAAACUACACGUUUAAAAACAAGGCAUAUCUUCUGCAGGCUUUCACUCACGCCUCGUAUCAUUACAACACCAUCACAGAUUGUUAUCAGCGGUUGGAGUUCCUUGGUGAUGCAAUUUUAGACUACCUCAUAACAAAGCACCUUUAUGAAGAUCCCCGGCAGCACUCCCCAGGCGUGCUGACCGACCUGCGCUCUGCACUUGUCAACAACACCAUAUUUGCUUCCCUGGCUGUCAAGUACGAUUACCACAAGUACUUCAAAGCUGUCUCGCCCGAACUGUUCCACGUGAUCGAUGAUUUUGUGCAAUUUCAGCUGGAGAAGAACGAAAUGCAAGGAAUGGAUUCGGAGCUUCGCCGAUCGGAGGAAGACGAGGAGAAGGAGGAAGACAUUGAGGUCCCCAAAGCAAUGGGAGACAUCUUUGAAUCGCUAGCUGGUGCAAUUUACAUGGAUAGCGGGAUGUCACUUGAAACAGUUUGGCAAGUGUAUUAUCCAAUGAUGAGGCCGCUCAUAGAAAAGUUCUCCGCUAAUGUCCCUCGAUCCCCAGUGCGUGAACUCCUGGAGAUGGAACCGGAGACGGCAAAAUUCAGCCCUGCAGAGAGAACCUACGAUGGAAAAGUACGGGUGACGGUGGAAGUGGUGGGCAAAGGCAAGUUCAAAGGCGUGGGACGCAGCUACCGUAUAGCCAAGUCAGCGGCCGCCCGCCGAGCCCUCCGCAGUCUCAAAGCCAAUCAACCUCAGGUCCAAAACAACUGAGCUUCAGACAGCAGACACCCCAACGCACCAGUCAAAAACACAGCAGAACCCCUCUCGGCACCAGUUUACGGCCCAGCCAAGAAUCGUGGCCGACAGCGUUCUCACUGGGGUUGUCAAACUCAAAUGAAUCGAGUCAAAAGAUUUCAGCGUAAUUCACAUGGGUUUCAUAUUUCAUUUUAUUCUUUACGUGCGCAAACACAAUCUUUUUUUCUCCCCAGCUUUGUUUGAUCACGAGUGCUUUUUUAUGUAUUGCAAGUGUUAAGAAAAAGGUCAGGUCUUCUUUUCCCCCUCCCUUCCAUAUUUUUAUUAGCAUAAAAAAAAGAUAUAUGCUCUGCUUUGUGGUAGUGGUUAAAAAAAGCUAAAGCUCAUAGGUAGUAUUACAGUGUACAUAGUUUAAACUCCAAGGUAUCAACUAAAUAAGAGAAAAGACAAUGACAUAAAAACACAAAAUUCCUCAAUCUGUGCACUAGUGCCAGUUUUGCUGCCGUUUGGCAGGAAGGGCACACGGAAAGAAAGAUGGUGUUGGUGUGAAAUGUUUUUCUCUAUCAUAAGAUGAUAUAUUCUCAAUCAAAAUUGCACUUCUCUAGGGUCCGCUUUAUUUUGAUGAGAGUCAUGAGCGUUUUUUUUUUUUGUCAGAUCACAGCAGAAUCAUUUAGCUCUGUAUUGUAUUGAGAGAGAAAUGCCCUUGCAUCCUUAAGACGGAUAGGAAUUUGACAUUCCCGAUUACUGUAAUCAACACUUGAGGAUGCAUGUUCGUGUAGCCAACCGGAUGCGUUGUAUAGACGUCAUAGAGCUAAGUUAUAUAAACAAACAAAAAAAAUGAUAUUAAAUGUUUAUUACCACAUAUUCGUUGAUACUUGGGUUUCAGUAAUGUCUUUUGAUACUGAUAUUGGCGAUAUUUAGUUGACCGUCUUUAUGAACAUUAGAUGUCUGCAUAGACUGACUUGACUGACUUAGUUUUGAUAUAACGACACGAACGAUAAACAGGAAGACAUAUCACCAGGGAAAAUAUGCUGCAGAUUUUAUAUUCAAAAAACAGAAAGAGAAAAAUAGGAUCUGAUCAUUCUGUAAGACACAAAGCACCUUUACGAAACGAUAUUUUGCUAGAUGACUUCACGUGCAUCGCUUACCAAAGUCGAUACUGAUGCAGCGUUGUGAGGUUGCACCUGUUAAAUCAAAUCCAUCAACAUUCACACGUUUGGAGAUGUGGAAACCAGCCUUUGUUUUAGUGGAAAUGUGUUGUAGCCUCUUGUCUAGCCUAAAUGUUUUCGUUUUAAUAGGCAUUCUUCACUUGAAUACCUCAGUUAAUUGCAUGCAUUUUUUUUUUUGGUGCUAUGUUUAAGCUUGAAUUUCUCAUCUUUUUGCACUGUAACUGUAUUACCUCUUAAUUUUACCUUUUUUAAAUCUGUUGGGUUGGUUUUCUGUUCUGUCAGCUCGUCAAGCUGUAGACAUUGUUUCCCCGUUUGUUAUUUCUUUUGGUUUUUAUGCUUGAAGGGGAAAUGCUGAGAAAAAAAAAAAACGUUCUCAGCACAGAAGCUUGAUGCCUCUCUGAUGAGCUCGGAUUUUCCUUCACAUGAAGUUAAUUGUGCAUCCGAUCAGAAGGGUUACUUAACACUUGAGAAAAUCGAUAGAUUGCACUCUGAUACAUUCUUGUAAGCCAUGCAUCUCGCCUUUGUCACUGUCCUCUCUUGCAGUCUUACCAACUCUAAUUUAACAAUUUUUCAGUCAAUAAAUUAAUAGUAAAAAAACAGGACUUCCUUAUCUAUCAUUGCUACCCCAGGAAUAAGGGUGCCAAUUUUAAUAUGUAAAUUUUGACAUCUUGAAGGCUAUCUAACUUUUCCCCCUCCUCGUUUUGUCUAUACUUCAGUUAUUAUGUUACAGACAAACUAUUCCUGAAGUUACAUAAUCCCAGGCAUUGCUACCUCAGAAGACCCUUGCGUAUAGUUUGGCCUUAUCAUAAAACAUUGGUUAAUACGUUUGCCUUUUUACAAAUCUGAAUGGCAUUGAGGCACAGUAUUGUAUACGCUCAUCAGCACCUUACAGGGGGAUAAAUAUAUAUUCUCACGACUAUUUGCACUAGAAUACAUUCCCAGUGACAUUGAAUUAGCAUUUUUCAAAUGGAGUUUGCUCUAAAGUGGUGCCUUGUAACACUGAUGUAACAUCUAUAGUCUCUCAUCCUUUGCUAUUGUAGCAAUUCUUCACAUUAUGGUUUGUAUAUAGUAAAGGACUUUUGGUGCCAUUCUUCAUACUGGAUAUUGCCUUCCGUUUUUAGUUUUUUGUGGCAUUGAAAGUUUGACAUUUUCCUGCUUCUAUAUCUCAUAGGCUAUACAAACGAUGUUCUAGCCCGAUAUAACCAAGAUUUCACAAACAUUUGAACAUUUGUCUUGAGAGUGAGUGCAAUCUGGUUCCGUUUUAGCAAGAGUUGAGUGACCCUCUUUACAUGAUCUCAGUCGCAACCCCAGAGCUGAGUAUUGAAAGUCGUUGGAAACUAAUGGGUUUCCAUAUUCCCUCAACCAAUGGCGUGAGUUUGUGUAUCAGGGUCAAUGCGCGCCGGCCCUGUGAUAUGACACUGUUUCUGUUACCCGUAACCCUCAGACUAUUGCAAUUUUGUUUGUUUGUUUGUGUGUUUCAUUUUUUCCAGCUUGUUACGUUUUUUUUCCAAGCUUCUGAAAGGUGCACACUUUUUCCUUCACCUUUUGUUUAAGCUUUUUUCUCACUGUUGGUUUUUAACUUUCAGAGAAUGUGAAAUCAUACAUAUGGUGCCACCGCAUGGAUAUGGAGUUUUUUCUUUUUUUUUUUUUACCGGGCUUUUAUUUUCACAACCAAUAAUCAAUCGUCAUGCCACAACUAGUCCCACAGAACUGAUAUCAUUGUAAAAAAAAAAGGAAAGAAUUGGAGUCUUUCCUCAUCUGUGGGAGUGUUUUCUUAAAGUGGUCCUCCAUCGUAUCAUAUGCUGCAGAUUGUAUUUUCCUUCAUGGUGGAGAAUAAUUUUUUUUGUGUGUUGUUUUCUUUUUCUUUUUAAACAUGUAGCACAAAUAAGCAUUGCACUCGGGCGCCAUACUUUACCUCAUGUCAGAUCGAGAAAAAAAUACAAAAUAUGUAUAUAUGAUGCCGUAACGUUUAAAGGAAUAACUUGUGGUUUUGGCCUUGCUGCUGUUUGCAUCGCUGGUAUUUUACCAUGUAUUUAAAAGUGAUCAGAGAGAUACAAUGUGCCUGCAGGAUAUCAUCAGAGAAAAUACACUGUAGAAAAGUAGUUUCCAAUCUUUACAAUCUGGGGCUAAAUAUGUGUCCUACAUGUACAUUCAUGUCCUGCCUUAAUGUAAUACUUGGAAUAUGGAAUUGUAACCCGUCAAGUCCUUCUGGCAUGAUUUUAAUAUGUUGGGACGGCACCGUCCCUCACCCAUCACCCCCUUCUCACCCAUAUUACUUCUAGCUUAUAUAAAUCCAGAUGUAUUAGUGCAUGUCAGUGAACACUCUCCCUUCUCACCCACCUGUAUUUCCUUUUUAGACUAAAUACAUUGUGUAGAUCUGAAUAAAUCAGCCUUAAAAUUUAUUUUAAAUGGCUUUAUUUCAUAGCAAAGUGUCAUACUUUUUUUUUUCUUUUUCCUAAGGACAAAAAUACCCAAUUUAAAGUGAAAUGCACUCUUAGCAGCAGCAAGGUGUUCAAUGACAACAUAGCAGGACUGGAAUGAGUGGCAAGCUCCUCUUGAAGGGGUUUAUGGGAAUGCUGAGCACCGUAGAGCACUAACAGUAUGGCGAUUUUAAACGGGGGAAUUAUGGGCCACAAACUGCAGCGCAAUUUCUGUGUUUUUAAGGGACGUGUAUUUCAAAGACUAUUUCUCAUUCAUACUGUAUCAGUGCUGCAGUGGUUUGCAUUCUGCACCUUAUGGAUCACAAAAACCUUUAAAUAUUCUGUUUCCCCCUUUUUUUAAAGUAAUUGUAGCUGAGUAUAUCUACAAUAAAGUUAUGGUAUGGUCGUUCAUUUGUGGCGUAUGUGUGUUCUUUAUGCUGUAUCUGUAUGCGUUUCUAGAUCCUGAAAUGAUGUAUUAGAUUGUU